UAAUCUGGGUUUCUUUCUGCUCCAACCAACUUCACACCUUAGAAAUUCCAAGAUGUUUGAUGGAGUGCCGGUGCCGGACCAGUUCCACCAAUUCAUAGGCGGCGGCGCCUCACGAACAACCGCGAGAACCGCCGCCACCGUCACCGCCACUCUCCUUCUCCCCCUUUCUUUCACUUCUUUUGACCCUUUGUUCACUUCUUCUUCAAACUCCCAUCAUCAUCAGCCUCCUCAGUUGUUGCAGUCAUUGCACCAGCAGAAGAAUAAUGAAGAUGACAACACCAGCUUAGUAGCUAUGAACAUGGAGAUUAAUGAAAGAGAUCAGAGAUCCAUGGCUGAACAAAUUGACCAUCAUCAUCGUCAACAAGAACAACAUCAUUAUCAACAUCAACCUUGGUCCAACGAUGAAGUCCUUGCACUGUUGAGGGUCAGAUCUAGCAUGGAACCUUGGUUCCCAGAAUUCACUUGGGAACAUGUCUCAAGGAAGUUGGCAGAGCUUGGGCUCAAAAGGAGUGCAGAGAAAUGCAAAGAGAAAUUUGAAGAAGUAAACAGAUAUUUCAACACCAUGAAUUGCAGCAAAAACUACAGGAUCUUUACUGAACUUGAUGAACUUUGUCAAGCUGAGAACCCUCCACCUCAGCAGCACCACCACAACCACCAGAAGGCGGUUGUGGCGGCUGACGAAAACAACAAAAAUGCGGAAGAAGAAGACAAUAUAGGUCAGAAUUUGGAAGGUGAUUCAAGAAAUUUUGAUGAAUUAUACCAAACCUCACCAGCAAACAACAAUGCUGCAACAUCAUCAGAUCCGGAUAGCAAGAAUGUGGUUGACAACAAAGCUGGAAAUGAAGAUGAUAACGAGAAGAACAGCAACAACAAGAAGAAGAGGAAGAGAGUGAAGAAACUUGAGAUUUUCAAGGGAUUCUGUGAGGAAAUUGUGAAUAAGUUGAUGAUCCAACAGGAAGAGAUGUACAACAAGCUGCUUGAAGACAUGGUGAAGAGAGAUAAAGAGAAAGUUGCAAGAGAAGAAGCUUGGAACAAGCAAGAGCUUGAUAUGAUUAACCAGGAGCUCGAGCUUAGAGCAAAAGAACAAGCCAUUGCUGGUGAUAGACAGGCCACCAUUAUCAAAUUAUUGACCAAAUUCUCACAAAAUGAAUGCUCAAACCUUCCUCUUGCUGCUUCAUCUUCUUCAUUGCCAGUUGCAGAAAACCCUAAUCCUAUUUCCAAUGACAAUAACAAAGUUGAUCAAAUUUCCAUCACUACUUCUGAAAGUCAAAACAAUCAAAACGCUAAUCCAAAAACACCCACUCCCCAGAACCCUAAUUCACCAUUGACACCAUUGAAGGUAACCAAAGCUCCUCAAAACCCUACAUCCAAUGACAAAGAAGACCUCGGAAAGCGGUGGCCGAGAGACGAGGUGUCGGCACUGAUAAACCUGAGGUGCAGUCUUUACAACAACGGCAACCACCACGACAAGGAAGGAGCCGCCAUUAAAGCUCCCCUAUGGGAAAGAAUCUCACAAGGGAUGUUGGAUUUGGGUUACAAGAGAAGUGCAAAGAGGUGCAAGGAGAAAUGGGAGAACGUUAACAAGUACUUCAGGAAAACCAAAGACGUCAACAAGAAGAGAUCACUUGACUCUAGGACAUGCCCUUAUUUUCACCAGUUAAGCACCUUGUACAACCAAGGAACACUCACGUCUCCCUCCAAAUAGCCGGAAAACCGCCCGCCUUUGCCGGAAACAGCCAGUACCGAUUCAUCUCGAAGGGCGGACGACAAAGCAACCGUACAAGUUUCUAAAGGCGACGAGACGAGCAACAUAAUUCGAACAUAAGAUUUCGAAUUCGAAUUAUAAAUCACAUUACUAUAUAUUAGAUAAAUAAUGUAGUACUUUUUGGGGGGUUGAAAUUUUUAUUUUUGUUAGAGAUUCUGAUGUGAACUUUCAUGGAGGAUGUAUGUUUAAACUUGUAUGGUAGUGAGCACCGACACUAUGGGAAAUGACAAUUUAAAUUUCAGGGUCAGGGCUACAUUUCAUUUUAUAAUUUAUUUAUGUUAUUAAUUUUUUUUAAAUUAAUUAAUUUAAACUCAUAUUUUAAAUAGAGAUUUCCGUUUACUAUAUGUAGGAAGGACAGUGUCCAUGAGGGGCAGUUCACUGUU